AGCAGCGCCUCAGCUGGGGCACAAAGCAAUGUUGGAGCGAGGUCAUGGAACAGUGUUACUGGGGGUGUUCAGAAAGUGGGUUUGGUUGGCCAUCGAUCGUCGCUGUUUCAAGAGGAGUUUCCAAGUUUGGCUCAAGAAGAAAAACACAAAGAACCAGUACAGACUAUCAAAAAGGAAGAGGUCGUCAAGGAUAUUCCAUAUGGACCAGGGCCAAGUUUGCGACCACAGAAUGUUGCAAGUUGGCGAGAGGGCGGCGGGCGUGCAUUGCCACAACCCAAACCAGAAGAGCCUGCAUCCAGUUCCUCCAGCUUGAAUCAGACAGAAACACAAGUGAAUGGCCCCCUGAUGUCCGGUGGCAGCGGUGCUGCAGCGGGACUGGGGGCUGAUUUGCCUGCCCAACCUCCGCCACCAUCGCUGCGUCCUGGUUCAGGACAUGGACCUCCACGUGGAUCUCUGCCUAUGGGACCUCCCAUGGCUAUGCCACCUCCACAGUACAGGGGAAUGCUGCCACCUUAUAUGUAUGGAAGAAUGCCACCUUCAGGCUACCCUCCCAACUUUCCUGGAUAUCCACGCAACCCAUUCCCACAUGACCACAGAUUCAGAGGCCCACCAAAUUCUAUGCCUGUUGAUAGAUUUGGGAGUGAGGCUGAUGAUGGCAAGAAUCGCCCAGCUAUUGUAUCGGAGAAGGCACUGAAAGAUUUUGAUGAAAUGCUCAAAUCUGACACACUUGAAGGCGGCUGGGCCGGGCCACAAGGAGACAUUGACUACAGUGAAAAGCUGGUGUUUAGUGAUGAUGAAGAGGGUUCUGGACAUCCAAGGGACAGAUCUCGCAGAGAUGAGAGACGAAGGCCCCCAGAAGAGAGCCUCAACAAGAAAGAAUCAGAUUCUAACAAGGACAAGGAUCAGAAGGAAGAGAACAAUAAGGAGGAGCAGUCAUCUCAUCACAUGCGUGAAGGCUGGUCGCACGGCAUGCCCCCGCCACAUUACAGAGGAGGCCCCCUACCACCUCAUCCUGGCAUGGACGCUCGUGGUUGGCCACCACACAUGCGCCCAUAUGAUUUCAUGGUUCCAAGAGGAGCCCCACCUUAUGCGUUCAGAUUACCACCACCAAUGCAGAUGCGUGGGUAUGGUCCAUCACCUCCACCUCCGACAACAUCAAGCCCGAAUGCUGUUCCACCCAGUAAGGGGUCUGAAGAUGAUGAUGAGGUGUGGCGGUUCAAGCGGAGAGUGAAUGAAGGAGAAAUCAACAAUGCAGUUGAGAGGGCCAGACUGAGGCGUGAGGAAAGUGAAAAGAGGAAGGAUUUGGAGCAGAAGGCGGCAGCAGCAGAAAAACUGCGACAGUUGGACGAGCGCACAAGGAAGAAAAGUGAUGUAAAGGAGAGUGAUACAGAGGGCAGAGACAGCAGGGGUACAAGCGAGUCCAGUGACCGAGACAUCAGGGAACCUCUACAGAUAAACAAACCACCCAACAGCAGUACAUACUCUGCUCAGAAUGACCAAGCCGAUAUUAGAGCCUAUCCUCGGAAUGUGCCUCCACGUUUUCAGAAACUGCAGGAACCAGCGCUGCAACAAGAGCAGCAUCAGAAGCAGCCGCCCAGCCCUGGCAGUGGUGUACCCUCUGGCCAUCCACCGGGACCUCCCAUGUCACGUGGGUUCCGAUCCGGCCAGGGUCCCCCUCCCCCUCACUACGGACAGUAUGACCCAAGGAUGUGGGCAGGGAUGCCACCACACUUCCACAUGGACCCUCGAUAUGGCCCACGACCACCUCUUGACAUGCAAGUGUAUGGGCCUCCCGUACCAAGAAGGCACAAUGAGGGCCAUGGGUCGGGAAGUGAAGGACAAGACUCCGAAUCUAGACAUGCAGAGCCAUAUGACAGGCUUGACCCUCGUUCUGCAUGGAUGGAGAGGGGAUAUCCUCCGCACUCAGGUCAUUUUGAGGAAAUGAGGAGAGUUCAGUACUAUGAGAGAUCCUAUCAAGGCUUUGAGAUGGAAAGAAGGGACUUCAAAGACGUUGAGCAGAAACCCACUGCCCAGCAGAAAGAUCCAUUUGAUGAGUACAGUAAAGGUGGCGAUAAAGAGGACCAUAAAUCUGACCGCAGCAGCAGUAAAGACCCUGCUGAUUGGGAACUGGACAGAUCUUUCUCCAAAGAAUCGAACAAAGACGACUCUAUAGACCAAUUUGACGAGGAUGAACUCAACGUAAAGACCGACAAGGAUGCGUUUGAGCAGGAAGAAAUUGCAUACACUCAAAGUUACAGACGUGAUGGUCGCUCAGGGCCAACCCCAAAAUUUAGAGCUUAUACCUCUGAGGAACUUAAACAGAGAGAAGCUUCUCAAAAGGCAGAUUUACUCGCAGCAAGCUGCCUGCCGCCAGUUCCACAUGAGACUAAACAGUCGGUGCAGCCGAAAACUGUCCUAGCAUCAUUGAAAAGGAGCACCUCUAACAUGUCCAGUAGUUCUACAGUAUCUUCAGACAAAGAGAAGGAGAAGAGGAGUGAGUCUCCCAGUGAGAGCACCAUUGACAGGUCUCAGGGUUUGAAGAAGGAUGGCAGCAAGGAUGUACCCAAAGAUGAGAAGUCAGCCCUGGAUAAAGAGAAUAAACCUCCAGAGCAGCCACGCCCCAAUGCCUGGGAGAUCAAAGAGCAGGACAGCAGGGAGAAAGAGGAUGUCAAGGUGGUAGAGCAUGCCAAAGACACACAAGAGGACCAUCAGCAGGAAAAUCUGUUUGAAGAGAGGGGUGAGGAUGAUGAUGAUCAUCAUCUAAACAGUGCUCCACAUCAGAAGAAGCAAGACGAGGAACAUAUCAGGGACAGGCGGGAUAGACAUGAGGAACUUUCCCAUCGAGACCGAGACCGGGAUCGAGAUUAUGAUCGAUACAGUGCUAGAGGUGACCGAGUCCGCAGCAUGCCUUCUAGAGGCGGUAGAGAAUUUGUCCGAGGGAGGGGCACUUCACGAGGUCGAGGAAAAGCCACCCUCAGAGGAGGCUACAACACUCAUCCCGACCGGGCUAGAGAUUACUAUUCUUCAGGCUAUGAGAAAGGGGGUCAGGGUUCACACAGAUCUGGUAGACAGCCACCAUCAUUUAAAAAAUUUGAUGAUGAAAAGGGACAGAGAGAAUUUGAUGGAGGCAUGCCAUCUAGACGGAAGUAUGGUCCGGCAGAUGAUUUGAGUGAUGUCUCAGCAGAUGAUUCUCCUGGUGUUUUCAUUGAAAGCGGUCGUGCAGAUACAGCUCGGGACAAAGACAGCGGAGGGGAGAAGGCCCACAACGAGAAGGAGUUUAUCGAGAGCCCCCAUCAGGGACAAAAUGAUAAGAACCACAACAAAGAGGUGAUUAGAGGCAGGGACGGAAACAAAGAUUUCAAAGAUCUUGAACAUAAAAAUGUUUGGCACCAAGAAAGUAAGCCGCCGCAGGAACCUAGUCCUGCUCCUCUAUUUCAAAAUGCAUGGGUGAAAGGACAGCCCCUACUGCCAGAUCCCCCCAAGAGUGAGAGGGUGAUGAGCGAAACAAAUGAAGCAACCCAGAAGGGGAACGAUAGAGCGACAAAUGUGUGGCAGCAGCGGAUGGAGUCCAGGGGCCCCAAUGCUGACCGUGGCUUCAGCGACAGUCGUGGGACGGACCGGCAUCAGGAUGGAAGUCACCGGGAUGACAGGGAUAGGGACAAUCGUCGCAGGCAAGAUAGAAAUCGUCGCGGUGACAGAGAUAGAGACUACUACCACGGUGAUGACAAUAGUCGCAAUGAGCAAAGGGAGAGGAGAGAUACAAAUCGGGAUCGAGACAGGCGAAGAGAGAAGGGUGGGAAUGCUGACCAACAUCCGGAUGACCACAAUGGCAGCUAUCUUCCUAGAGGGGAGCCUUCCAGGAGAGGCAGAGGAGGAUCCCGUGGUGGUCGUGGAGGUAACCGUUAUUCUUCUGCCACCUCUAGCCAUGGUAGUGGAGGAGGGCAUGGCUAUGGCAGCCAGGGAGCCAACGGUGAGCCAAAGUUCCCAGACGGUGCUGGAUAUCAAGGCGGCCAUGUGCGAAACGCGGACAGGGGUCGAGAUGGUAGAGAUAGGAGAUAUCCAAGAAGAGAUGGACCCAGACAGGAGGGCAGAAAUCCCCCUGCUCCUCGCUUUCGAAAAGGAGAUGGAACCUACGAAAAUAGAGAACGGGGCAGUAGCGGGCGAGGUCAGUCAUCUAGAGGUCCAGAUGCUGGUGCUGCACCAUCUGGUGCCGCAACCAAACGUCCUGUGCUAGCCAGACAGACGUCAAAUGAAGGAGAAGAAUGGGAGACGGCAUCUGAAAGCAGUGAGCCAAAAAACGAUUUGCGAGAGUCCCGGGAAAAUACGAUUGAUAACCCCAGUGUGAAGAAAGAUAACUCCAGCCAGCGGCUGUUCAGCGAUCGACCAAACAAUCAUCGCAUGAACAACCAGGACUCUCGCAGUGGUGUUGAGUGCCGCGGCUCCCAGAACAGAGAUCAUCCCCAGACUCAGAGAAAUGGGGCAGUGCCACAGUCCAAACCAGCCAAUGGUGUUGCUGUGUCCAAGACGGCUGCAGUCAGCCACAAGGAGAAUGUAAUCUACAGGGUGGAUGGUGUGUUACCCACUGACCCCACGGCCAUCAACAAUGCUAUCAACAGCAUGCAUACAAAAAAACAGAAUGCUAGAAAAAGUGACAUCGAUGUGGCCCACAAAAUAGUGAAAACUGAACAAGAGAAAAAGGAUGCCCUGGCGAACAUUGACAUCAACAACAUCGCAGGUGUUGUAGUAGUGGACAACAUGCGUGAGGUGACCAAUGAUGAUCCCAACUUUCUGUAUGAAAACAAUGAUGGCUUUCAAGAGGUGACCUCCAAGAGGACCCUGAAAAUCAAGCAGAGACAAAUUGAAGCUGAGCAGAAGAAAACGGAGAAGGCACAAAAGAAGAGGGACCAGCAGAAUAAGGCUGUUGCUCGCCCCAAAGGUGUGAGCCCUAAAUCCAACCGCACCAAUGUGAAAGGCAACAAACUGCCACCACGUCUGGCCAAACAGAAGGAGCAAAGAGAGAAAGAAAAGAUGCUGACCAUUGAUGUGAUGCCCAAGAUUGAACUCUGGGAUAAUGAGCUGGCUAACAACAUGCCCACCCAGCCUGUAAGUCUGGAUGGCACCGGAGCUGACCCAGGUGCUACCAUAUCAAGCAGCUCAGUUUUGGAGGAUAAUGGAG